AAUGAAAAACGGCGCUGGAAACAUCCAGAGCUGACGCUCGCAAAUCCGCGGUAAGUUUUCAUCGUGAUUUUAAUACUCCUUCCACUUCUACUCCGCGUGUUUCUCUGCACAGAGCCCAGGCUUCGAGAACACGGUCAGCCCAAAUGAACUUCACUCCUGCACCGGCACAUCCACGGCGAAAGGCGCGAGCUAGGACUGGAGCGAUGACCCAACCGCCGCCACCGGUCUUCGAGAUCCCGACCAGGAACCGCUUUGCUGCCCUCUGCGAGACGGAAUGCAACGCUGUGGUCAUUGGAGACUCAAUCGUCCGGAACGUACGCGCUUCCUCCACUAAAGGUAAGGUGCGCACUCAUUGUUUUCCUGGCGCCCGUGUUCUUGAUGUCUCUGCGCAGGUACCUGCGAUCCUGAAGGACGAUGCUAACGUCGGAGCUGUCGUGCUGCACGCGGGGGUGAAUGACGUCAGGAUGAGGCAGUCGGAGAUCCUGAAGAGGGACUUCAGGAGUCUGAUCGAGACGGUACGCAACGCAUCGCCCACGGCGAGGAUCGUCGUAUCAGGGCCGCUUCCUACCUACCGACGAGGUAAUGAAAAGUUCAGUAGACUAUUUGCUCUAAAUAAAUGGUUGAUGUCAUGGUGUAUUGAACAGAAGCUGCUCUUUGUUGAUCAUUUUGAUCUGUUCUGGGAUCGCAACCUAGGCUCUUCCGCCCUGACGGCCUGCACCCCAGCAGCAUCGGAGCGGUUCUUCUGUCUGACAACAUCUCAAAGACGCUACGCACCGCUUGACUACGUCUCCCAGCGGGAGAGAUUCCGCCAGGCCCAGAUGAACGUCAUAUGCCCAUCCACAACUAGAGAUUACGCCAGCUACAUCGGAAAAUCCCGUGCCAUCCUCCUGCGAGAGCCUGCGGACUGACUGACCAUCCAGCUCCAUCCAAGGCAAUUCCAUCACCACCCAAGAAAAAGGCGACCAUCUGGCCGGCCCAGCUCAGACAAUUCCAUCCCCAACCGAGAGCAAAGACGGACUACCUGUCACAUAAAUGCUAAAUUUACAAUACUUGGUAUUUAAUGCUAAACUUACAUCACACGACAGCAGUUUGAAGUUAUGGCUGCACUCAGUGACUUUGAUUGGAGGUAGCUGGGUGGGUGUUGUAGGGAGUGGGGGGGCUUGUUGGUUGUGGUUCGGGGCGUUUCAUUUGUUGGGACUGUGUGGGUCUGGUCUGGUUGGUCUUGUUUUGUGGUCGAUGUCGGACAACAGAGGAAUAAAGUUAAUUAUGCCAUUACUACUUUUCCCUGGUUGUUCCUCUGUUGUCUGUUGUUGAUCGCGGAAUGAGACCGGGUUGGACCUGCACGGUUUCGGCGGGUGGGGCUUCCUGGGUCGCGGCUCGUGGGCUCUCCCUGUUCUUCGUGGACGUUGCUCGGUGGCUUUGGUCGGGGUCACUGAGUGCAGCUAUGACACGUCAGAGGAGAUCUGGCCCUCCCGGCUGAGCCUGGUUUCUCCCGAGGUUUUUUUUUCUCCAUUAUUCAGCAUUGGAGUUUGGGUUCCUCGCCACAGCAGAGCAGUGCAGUAUUGGCUUGCUCACCGGGAGACUGCAUUUAUUUAUUCAUUUAUUUAUUAGAUAUUUAUUAUAAUGAUCUUGCUUGGUCUAUAAACACCAUGCACUGUGCUGUGUUUUACCUUUCUGUUUUUUUCUUAUUUGCUCCUGUAAAGCUGCUUUGGAACAAUGCACAUUGUGAAAAGCGCUAUAUAAAUAAAAUUGAAUUGAAUUGAAUUGAAUUCAUAUCCUCAUACAGUGCAGACGCAGAUAAAAUAGUCGACCAUCACUUGUGUUGCAUGUUAAACUGUGCACGUAAUUCACUCAGACACGCAGAACAGCCAGAUGACAUUUAAAUAACAGGAUUCAGCUCCGCAUGUAGUUACAUGGACUCAGUGCGAUGCGCCAUUGAUUAUUGUCACACACAACAAGCACCACCACGACAAACGCACUACACACAAACACACAGCUCUGUCUAAUGCACGUAUUCUUAUUAUUCUACAUAUACUGUAUGUCGCACUGUUGUUAUUUUUUUUCAAGUUACUUGUCCAGUCGGGCAAGUAAUGUUAUCUCUCACUUGCCCAUACAAAACAUUCACUUGUCGCGGACAAGCGUUAAUGUCGAGCCCUGAACUUUUCACAUUUUAAAAUUAUGAUAAACGAAAUAAUUUUAAAACAUUUGGUAAAUGAAUUUUGUGAAUAUUAAUUAAAGAAGCAACAAGAGCAUAGGUGUCUUUGAAAUGGAGACUACAAAACGGCAGUGUGCAGAGACGAAAGUCACAUAUUAUGCACGCUUGAGCUCAAGUUCAAAGUCUACUCCCGAUGGACGAUGGGCAGAAUUCAACUUUAUUUUUGCUCUGUGUUUUAGUUAAAAACGUUAAUCAAUAAAUAGGCAGUGCGCGGCUGACGAGCGCAGAGAUGGAUUUUUUGCGCACUCAGUUAAUGUAAGAAUGUGCUGCUUUUACAAGCAUGAUUUAAUUACAGUUUCCUAUCGGCGAGGCAUAGCGGCGUUAUUUUCUUUAUCGGGCCGAUGCCCAUAGCUCAUUUAUAAGCCAUUAUCUGCCGAUAAUAUCAGCGUGCCGAUAAUAUUGUGCAUCCCUACUUUGUUUAAUCCAUUUAACUACAGUACACAGAGCACUGCAUUUCCCCACGGACCAUUAUUACUACCGCACAGCCCGCUAAACUCUAUACAUGUUACAGGUCUCUCAAGUCUCACGCAUUCACCAUGAGACACACGCAUUUCAUUGUUCACACGCUCACACGUAUUUCUCAUACUGAUAAAUAAGUGACAGCUUAUUGAAAUGGUGAACUGCUAUUUUACUUUACUUAUUUUGCGAAUGAAACUUGUUUUCCGGCUGCAUUGAGUCCAUAAAACUAGAUGCGGACUAGUGGAUGCCAAAUCCUGUAAUUUACACAUGCCAUCUGGCUGUUCUGCAUGUCUGAGUGAAUGAACUGCACAGUUUAACGUGCUACACAUGUGAUGCUCAUGAAUUUGUCUGUGUCUGCGCUUUAUGAGGACAUGAACUUCAUCUCCAGAGUUGCUCUGAGAGUUUAUUUCACAAAGAUUUUAUUGUUUGAGUGAAGAAACAGACAUACUAAAAAAUAAUCGUCUUCCGACAACCUGCCAAAAUAAAAGUCUGGUUAACUCAGUAUUUUAUGUGGACUAAAUAUAAUAUAAUAGAUAAACUAAAUGCAUCAUGCAUAAGCUGAAGUUAGUUGUUUACCUUUGAAAUUCUUUUUAUUUUUAUUAAUGUUUCUUACAGUAUUUAUACAUUUGUAUUAUAUUGCAUUUUGAAUGUAAGGGCAAUGUAAUGUAUUAAAUUGGUUAACUUUUCACAGAUAUUAAUAUAUGCAAUUUUAGCAAUAACAUUUUUUUUUUUUCUAAAAAGGAAAGAAAUUAGUUGUUCAUUUUAAGAGACCUGUCUUAUUUUCUCUUGUAUAUUUAGAGUUGCUCUUUAAUAAAGAAAAAGUACUUAUUAUCCGAAUACCCGAUUAAUCGACGGAAAAUCUGUAGAAUAAUCGAUUACUAAAAUAAUCGAUAGCUGCAGCCCUAGUUUAGAAAAAUAUUUUUCUUGAGUAUGAGUAUUUCUUGUUUGUUGCUCAGGCACAGAACGCAGUUUGAUUACCAAUUUAUUUAAAUGCAUGACGGGCAUGCGCCUGUUUAAAUUCCUCAUUCAGCUUCAGUUGUUACCAUAAGAAAAAAACUUUGAAUACGUGCGACAUAGUGACAUGCAACCUGUGUCCCUACCGGGUCCCAAAUUGCUCCAAAUAUUAGGUUUGUUGGACAUCAGAACAGCGCAAAGCAUCUUAUUGCUGUCAUGUUGUUUUGAUAACAUAAGCAGAUCUGCGCAAUGCGCACAAAGUUGAACACAUAAUAAACCACAAACUAGCAUUUUUAUAGGCGUACUACUUACAGAACUCAUGUGAUUUUUCAAACUUGAUGUGCUGUUGUGGUAGGCCUGUUUCAAAUUGCAUAUUUGACACAUUUCCUUUGUCUUGUCCUCACUUAAUUUGAAGUGUUCCCACACACCUGAGGUCUUCAGCAUUUUUGUCUUCUCUUUCCGAUUAACUUAAUCAUGAUGUUCACUCAUGGGCAAUUCAUAUUCAAGUGCGAAUGAGAACCGUUUUGCAGGGAUGGCAGGUGUUAGAAAAAAAAGAAUUGGACUUCACAGGGUAUUCUGCCAUUUUACGUGAGAUUCCAAUCCGAAGGGAGCGAACAUGUUCAGUUCGAAGGGCACUUCGAACGGCGUAGGGAAUAAGGGAACAUCGACUCCUCACUUUGCCAGAAGUGGAAAGAGUAUAAUCACCCAACUGCCAUUCUGCACAGCGUCACGAGUCAUAAAAGCAAUGGACGAGUUCACGUGUGCGUGUCGUAUAUUGUGAAAGUAUUUAAUUAUUUUAAAUAUGAAAUACUAUGGUUUGCUUCAUGUUGUUUAGCAGUUAAAUCUCGUUUUGAAGCAUUGUUAUUAUACCAUCACACUCCAGAUGAAUGCAUUUACAUUUGUAUUUGUUUUAUUUUGCAAUUAAAAUAGAGUUUACAUAUGCGCGAGUAUUGCUGUUAUUAUACAAACUGAUGUAAAGCGGUGAGAAGCAGCCGUUCUCUUUGUCAUUAUUUUGCAUUAUUUUUUAAGUUACCUCAGGAAUGUUUACCACAUGGGAAGUUUACCACAUUCAAAGAAAUACAAACUUAAACAAUACGUUACGAAUAUAUUGAUUAGUCACAUUAUGUAAUUUUAUUUAUUUUUAAUUUAAAAAUAAAGUACGUUUCAAUAUUUAUUUUGUUAUAUAAUCUGCGCAACCCUGCCGUUGCCUUUCCUUGAUGACGUUGCAGGGCAUUCCAAAUGAGCAAUUAUUGUCAGCGAAGUCCACUUCAACGGAUAUCCCGUGCUCAGGGAGUACGAAGCAGUGAACACUAGGGAUGGGCGAUAUUAUAUCGUUUGCGAUAUACCGGUAGAAAUUCCCCACACGAUAGGAAUGAGUCUUCCCGCGAUAUAAACGAUAAAUUCUAGUUGAUGACGUCAUCCCCUCUCUUUGUAGAUAUCUUUGUGAGACCCAUUCACAGCUCACAUGUGAAGUGAAAACGGGUAUAGCGGAGGGCGGACGUGAAGAUGAGAAAGAGUUUGCACUAAAGCUCUAAAUCUCGUUUAGGUUGGCACUGUAGAUGCGUCCGAGUUAAUGUUUAGUUUCACUUUCGUUUUAUUUAAUUCGUUUGUUAAGUAUUCGUUGAUAGUCAUAAUGCGUUACACCACAACAUUUCGUUUGGCUAAAAGUAUUUAUUUAAACAUUCGUUAGAUGUUAUGUGCGCGUGCGCAAA